ACACGCUCGAAAGUCAUAACGUUUUGUAGAAAAACUCACCGUGCUGAGGGGAUUUGGAUACAAUGAGAACUUGAACUAAAUUUGUCAAGCCGCUUUCAAUAAUUCCAAAAAAGUAAUUCUUCACCUUAUUGUGUAACCCUGUCCUUUCGGGAAGGAUUAUUCUUGCAAAAAAUAAUCGUGCUCUAUUCCAUGAUGUUCACAUUGCACAGAUUCAGUCGUAGCUUCGGGUUUUGUAUAUUUAGGCGGAAUUUUAGUGCACCGGUUGUUCCGUUUGCAUCUCGUGUAACGCCAGAUGAAGGAAAACCCGAAGACCACAAAACAAAAGAUGUGCAUCGAUCGGAGGAGGGCUUGAAUGAAUCUGCUGCUAAACCGGGCGUUUCGAAUGGAGGGAAAAAUCCGAUAGUUGCAGCUGCUUUUGCUUCAUUGCGACAAAGUGAUCGGGAAACACCAAAGAAGUUUGCUGCUUGGAGCGAUAUCGAUGAGAAAAUCAUUAAUGCUACCUCGGUUAAUGAGCUGCUGGCUGUACCGGGCCAUGUUAGAGUCACACGUAAGCAGGCUUUAAAGAUCGUUUCUAUAUUGGCCGAAUGGAGUUCGAUAAGGAAAGUGAAAUUGACAGAUUUUGAAAACGAUGUACGAUUUGUGCAACUGUGUAGCAUUCUCGGACGAGCUAAUGGUAGGAAUAAUAAUGGGAAUAAAAUCACAGCUGUUUCAAGAUCAGAUGUUACACCAUUGCAUGUGGAUGAUUUGCAGACAGUGCUAGGAGUAACGGCAAACGAUGAGGCCGCCAAGCUGAUUGCAGGUUUGACAAUGCCACAGAUGAUAAGAGUGAUGGUGUCUUUGGGACAGAAAAGAAAACGAAGUACACCUUUAUUGCGAUCGCUGGCAUUCAACAUAAGCAGCAAUAUGAGUAGAUUGAAUUUGAAGGAAUGUGGCGAUCUACUCUAUGCGAUGGCAAUUCUGAACUUUCGCGACUCUGUACUUACUGCCCGAAUCUGUGCUGAUAUCGAAAUCGAAUUGCCUAAAAAUGAGGACAAACCAGCCCCUGUUAUUUCAAUACUUACUAGCUUAAGUCUGCUUAGGUAUCGAGAUACGAGCAUUUUGGAUUCGUUUUCCGAUUGGAUUGUUAGCAAACGUGAUAUAUGCAAGUCUUCACAUAUAAGCGCACUUCUGCUAUCGCUAGCCUCGCUAAACUAUGAACCAAGUAACAUGGAUGCUGUGAAAAUCAAUCUAGUUGGAAGUUUAACGAAAAGUGAUAUUAAGUCGGUUGAUUGGUUGAAUACGGUUUGGGCAUUAGUGGUCCUCAAAUGUGCGACAACUGAACAUUUAAGCUCGGUGUUAUGUCCAGGCUUUUUGGCAAGCUUAGAAAGUGAACGAAACGGUGAAUUGACACCCGCACUCAAAAUGAAGAUAUUGAACCUGUACGCAUAUGCCGAGCUUGUAUUGAAGGAUACGUCGAUAACUGGGAAAAUAAAUGUCAAUGACGCAAAAUUGUAUGUACCCAUCGAUCCAUCGAAGGAAAAACGAGUGCUGAUAGCAGGUAUGCUAGACGCUCUACGAAGUUUAUUGCCCUCGGAGAAUCAUGUUAGGAUCAACAGGAGAACACCGAUGGGAUUCGCUAUUGUGCUUCGUAUCUUUGAUUUAUAUGUUAUGUAUUUGCGGCCAAAAUCGAGUGUUGUGAUUCUGUAUGAUAUUUAGUGUCGAAAUGUGUAAAAAAGUAGAAGGGUCUGAGCCUAGGGGCACGGACGGAAGUUAGCGUAGGACUGUGAUCGUUCAGAACAAUUGGCUAUUUUAAAUGUAAUUCUUUUUGCUGUUCAAAAAUCUGUUAGUUUAACUCUUUUGAAACUCUGAAUAGUAGCCCUGAAAAGGGCCGUUUGUUGUAUGUACUCAUAACCUUCAAACGGUUUGUAACGAACAAAGAAAGACAAUAAGCUUCAGGCAGGAAGUUCAACUGUCUAACUGAAAAUGAAUAAUGAAUAUCAGUGGGACACAUAACGGGCGGAAUGGUAGAUGAAGUAUAUGUGAAUGGGUAAACAAAAAAAUAUCGUCAUUGAUUACAUUG